AAUGCAAGGGGAGUAACUCUAGAUAUUUUCCGCAAAGAGCAAAGGCUGUGCGGAAUAGGCAAAUAUGUUCAGAAAGUCGGUAAACUCUUUAGCACCUCUGAUUCGCGCACGAUGUUGGCAUGUCAUUCGACGAAAAUACCAUUUGGAUGAAGUUGCUCCGAUAGGCUCUUCGCCGGACUUUAGUUCACCAGAAUAUCAGGAGAAUUAUGUUCGAAUGAAAGCUCUUGUGGAUGAGUUGAAACAGAAUGUUGGAAGGAUUUGUGAAGGCGGCGGGGUAAAGGCCAGAGACCGACACACCUCUCGGGGUAAGAUGCUGCCCAGAGACAGAAUCAACACCUUGUUAGACCCAGAGUCGCCAUUCCUUGAGUUGAGUCAAUUGGCUGGUUACAAUUUGUACAAGGGAGAAGACGUCCCUGCUGGGGGGAUAAUCACUGGAAUCGGGCGAGUGUCGGGUGUGGAGUGUAUGAUCGUCACCAACGACCCCACAGUCAAGGGAGGAGCCUACUAUCCUGUCACAGUGAAAAAACAUCUGAGAGCCCAGGAGAUAGCUCAGCAAAAUAACCUGCCAUGUAUUUAUCUAGUUGAUUCUGGUGGGGCCAAUCUACCUCGACAAGAUGAAGUGUUCCCAGACAGGGACCACUUUGGUCGGAUAUUUUUUAAUCAAGCCAAUAUGUCCGCACAAGGAAUUCCGCAGGUGGCUGUUGUUCUCGGCAGCUGUACUGCAGGUGGGGCCUAUGUCCCAGCCAUGUCAGACGAGAGUAUCAUUGUCCGGAAACAGGGAACAAUUUUCUUGGCCGGGCCACCACUGGUGAAGGCUGCAACAGGGGAGGAAGUGUCAGCAGAAGACCUGGGUGGGGCUGACUUGCAUUGUGGGAAGUCUGGAGUGACAGACUACUAUGCACAGGACGACCAGCAUGCACUGCACUUGGCCAGGAGGGUCAUUAGAAACAUUAACUAUGACAAAUCUCCAGGGGUAACUAUUGAGACCCCUGAAGACCCACUGUACCCAUCCGAUGAGCUGUAUGGGAUUGUGGGAGACAACCUAAAGAAAACCUUCGACAUCAGGCAGGUUAUAGCGAGGCUAGUGGAUGGUAGUCGGUUUGAUGAGUUUAAGGCGAUGUAUGGUGACACGUUGAUAACUGGUUUUGCCAGACUCUGGGGUUAUCCUGUGGGUAUUAUUGGAAACAAUGGUGUCUUAUUCUCCGAUUCUGCUCUUAAGGCAACUCAUUUUAUUGAAUUGUGCAGCAAACGAGGAAUCCCUUUAAUAUUCCUGCAAAAUAUUACAGGUUUCAUGGUGGGGAGUGAGGCAGAGGCAGGUGGGAUAGCAAAGAAUGGCGCCAAGAUGGUGACUGCUGUGGCAUGUGCUAAAGUGCCCAAGUUGACUGUCAUCAUUGGGGGGUCCUAUGGUGCAGGCAACUACGGCAUGUGUGGUCGAGCUUACAGUCCACGUUUUCUGUACAUGUGGCCGAACUCCCGUAUCUGCGUGAUGGGGGGUGAACAGGCUGCCAACGUUCUUGCUCAGAUUACACGGGAACAACGAUCUCGUGAAGGGAAGACGUGGACAGAGGAGGAGGAGAAGGCACUGAAGGACCCUGUAUUAAAGAAAUACGAGAAGGAAGGCAGUCCUUACUACGCUAGUGCUAGGUUAUGGGAUGAUGGUGUGAUUGAUCCUGCGGAUACUCGGACGGUGCUGGGACUGAGUCUUAGUGCGGCACUCAAUGCUCCCCGACAGGAAACCACUUUCGGUGUCUUCCGAAUGUAAUCAAUGAACUUUGGUUGUGUGUGUAUGUGUACAGUGUUAGUGAUGAACUGAACUACCACAAUAUGAGAUAUGCUGAUUUUAAACAGGGAUCGAUUCCAUGUGAAUGCUCCAUUUGGUAUUUGGUCCAGUGGUCUCAGGUGCAGUAGCUCGCUGUGCAGAGUUGUGUCCCUUGGUCUUGUUUUUAGUAGUGAAUGUCAGCAACACAUUACAGUGGCCUCUAGAACUGAGUAUCGCCUGGCAUCUUGCGAUAUGAUUCGUAUCACGAUACGGACUGACAAUACACAUCAAAUAGUAAGAAGUGAUGAAAUUACAGAAAUACAGCUCUAAAACCUAUUUCUUCGUACAUAUAUUUAAUGUUUUCUCAUAAAACUUUAACAAAGAAAACCACAAGGACAAAAACAGUUAUAAAUGAAGGGAUGGUCAUUAAAUGUAACAGUCGGCGCGUCCUCAGGUACAACAUCCUUGUGUUCUGCUAUGCUUACAGGUGCGCUAAGCCACUUCUGCCAUUAUGGGAGGUGACUCUAAUAGUUCCUCUUCUAUUUAUAGCAUAUUGUGAUCUCACAAACUGACGAUGCAAGUACUGUGUGUACCUAGGUAUUGAUGAUAUCGUAGGUAUCGGUGAAUCCUUACAGCCCUUGUGGCCUCUUCCAUCUCUCAUUAAGCUUUCUGAAGAUUUUAAAGGCUUGUACAGGGGGGUCGUCUUAUACAUGGGGUCGCUUUAUAGACGGCGAUAUACGGUAGGCAUGCAAACUGAAGAGGCUACUUUGGGUACUUAUACACAGUGUUGUUACACCAUUGGGUUUUUGACGUCUUUCAUGUACAAUUGUACGCAAGCAACUCAAAAUUAACUGGGUAAUGGUGAAUUAUGUUACACUUUACACAAAUUCACAGCUUAUCUGAACCUCGGGGGCUCCGUCUCUUGUCUUAGGUCAGUUGUGUUUAAUGUAAGAUGUGAACUGUGUAGAGAGACACAAUACCGUAUUCGACUUAAUAAGCGCCCAGGGUGCUCGCAAAAUUAGAAAUAGGGGGCUCUUAUUAGAAUUUAAUUUUGGUGAGAGAAAAAACAGAGUUGAAAGAUUGUAAAUUUCCCGGUUUAUGCUGACAGCCUGAAAUGAUACAAAAGAAAAGUCUGUGCGUAUUAUACACGACAGAUAUAUUUUCCAGAACUUAACUGCCCAUCAUUAAGGGUGAAUAUAACACACGAGUGCGUAUUAUACACGAAUAAAUAAGUGUACAUUGACCAAUCGGAAGGGGUGCUUAUUGGGAUUGUUCACUAGCCAAUAUAUUAGCAAAUAUCACCAUGGGCACUUAUUACGUCGAAUAUGGUAUUUGUUUCAUACAAUAUUGUAAAAAAGCAGGCCAUGUCUACAGGAUUUGUGUCAGUGGUCCACAUGGUCGACAAGGAGUGCAAACAUCGAUCAUGCAUCAUGUUUAAUAAGUCAGUAGAUAGUCUUUAUACCUAUUUGAUUGUAAUCAUGCUACUUGAGAUUGUCUCUGCCUAGAAGUGACUUGUUUACUAACAUGGGGUAUCUUAUGACUCAAGUGGUUCGGCUGUGUGAGUAACAGUAACACACAACAGACAGCAGGAUACAGCAUUUAAUGUCAGAGGAGGAGUAAAUAAAUUCCCAGGCUGCUUAUUUUUUAUGGCAAUAAUAAGUGUUGAUUAGAGCCACAAGGUCCUCUAAGAAUGACAUUACUACUGUAUGAACUGUUGUGUGAGGUCAUAACAGUAUUAUUGUGUCGCUGGAAUGUCACUCUACAGACACAUUUAAGGACAUAAAUGUACAUAAAUAAAAUGCUAACAUAUGGAAAUUGUAAUGUUUUCUUAAAAUAUUUAUCCAUAUGGGAUUAAUAACGUUUUACAAGGUUGAUUUUAGUAAGCGAUUUACCUACAGGUAUAAUAUACAGUGUUGCCUCAGGGAAAACAAUUUGCAUUUAAAGCAAAAUAAUGCAACCCAUGAUAUUUUUACAUUCAAAUAAUACAAUAAAACUAUAUACUUGUAUUUGAAGAGUUAAAUGCCCAUUUAGGACAAGUGAUUGAUACUGGAUGAUCAGAAUGAUUAUUGAUCUGUCAUGUCUAAGAGAUUUGACAACAAAAUAUUUUCUAAUGUAAUUUCUAUGAAAGUAACUCUUUGACAAUCACAAAAGUUUUAAUAAAUUGCUGUCUUAAUAAAGUGAACAUGAGGACUAUCAACAGAAAAUUCAAUGCAGUUUCCAGCACUUCAGACCAUGGUAGUUCCUUAACAUACUGUAGGCCAGUGAAUUGAUCACAUUACAGGAGCAGGACCUACUUGAAUGGCAGCCUAAUCGUGGCAGCAACAGAAUUCAGUCUGACCCAACAAUAAUAAACAAUGUGUUACUGUGAAUGCAAUGAGACUGGAAUUGAAAUCAAAGAGGCUUAGCGGGUAACAUGACAUGCACAAUACUUUCUAAUGAGAAUUUAAACGAUUUAGCAUUAUUUUGCAUGUGUCUUGUGACAAGUAUUUAUUUCUCAUGAUAGUUUCUCCCCCAACCUUAUGGUGAGGUAGCCUAGUGGUCAAAGCGUUCGCCGGUCACACCUAAGGCAAAAGGUUUGAUUCCCAGAUGGAUAUGCAUGGAGCCCAUUUCUUGUGUCUGCCGCCGUGAUAUUGCUGGAAUAUUGCUAAGAGCAGCGUAAAACCACACUCACUCACGUUUAGUUUCAUCUGCCAGAUGGAGUAUGUGUUGUACAUGUUGUGACACAUUACUUGAUCACUUGCUUGGUUUUGCUGCUCGACUGCCAAAUUUGCUGAUACAGUAUAAAGCACUAUUCACUCUCACUAAUAGAGUUGUCAGGCAGAGCAUUGAAAGUAACAAAGCCUGUGGUAAAAGUAGAGUUGGUCUCCAGCAACCUAGCUUAUCAUAAAAAGCAACUUAAUCAGGUGGUCAGAUGAGUGUGUUGUCCUAGUAACCUGAUGGCUUCUGAAGCUGCUGAUAAUAAUACUGGUUUGUCUGGUCCAGCCUUCAUUAUUUACAGGCCACCAUCCUGUAGUUGUAAUAUUGCUGAAUGCCUUGUUUAAAGACUCAGGAGUUAUUUGCUGUUAUCAUGCUUGGUGGUUGUAAGUUUCCCUAUGUACCUACUGUGUGUGAGAGUGCCAUGUAAACUGACCUGUAUGAAGUGUGUCAGCUUGUGUAUAACAUGGAUAACGGUGUGCUGUUGGGUAUACAGUUUGGAGGUGUAUGUCAGUUGUGUAUGUCACAGAUCAAAGCCAAGGAAUAAAUAAACAAAUAGGUUUCUCUAA